GACCCAAGUGUAUAAAUUUUGGGGGUUCGUUAAUUUAGCUCAUUCCCAAGCAGUGCCUUCUGCCUGCCGCAUUUACACACAGGGACAAUAUGAAGCUGGUUCUACUAAGUAGUUUAGUGAUCGCGUCUGCUCUGGCAGCUCCUCCGGCCAAUAACUUUGGCACCUCCGUCAAGUUUGGCCGACGUGGCCGGCAGGUUGAGAACUUUAACGGACAGGCCGUGAGAAACGGAGCUAAAGUUCGGAAAGUUCUCCGCAAAGGUAGACAGUUCCUACCCGGUCUAGCAGUUCCAGGUCCCGUUCUUCAACCCAUUCAACAACAAUUCAGGGCUGCUCCUCUUCAGUUUGCUGCUCCUGCUCCUCUUCAGUUUGCUGCUCCUCUUCAGUUUAAUGCUCCUGCUCCUGUUCAAUUUGCCCCUGCUCCACUUCAAUUUGCAGCUCCUGCUCCCCUCCCUCCACCACCUACAACUUUUGUCGUUCGCCAACAAAAUAUCCCAGCCGCCCCUACUCCUGCAUCCCUGCCAGUAAUUGCCCCUGAGCGCUCUGUUGCCCCCACCCUUGAAUAUGGAGCCCCUGCUACAGUUGCUCCUGAGGUCCGCGCCCCUGCUGGUGGUUAUGGAGCCCCCGCAGAGGAGAUUGUGGAGCUGAAAGAUAGCUACCUUCCUUCAGAACCUGAAAUUGUUGAAGUAGUUGAGCUGAAAGACAGCUACCUUCCUUCGGAGCCUGAAGCUGCACAGUUUGUUGCUGCUCCGGCUCAACCUGAGGUUAUUGCAGUUCGUGACAGCUACUCAGCUGCUUCUAAUGAUGUUGUUGAGCUCCGUGACAGUUACUCUGCUGCUCAACCAGCUGUUGUUGCAGUGAGAGCUGAGCCCACCUACUCUGUCCCAAGAACCAUCGCCAAUGUCAAAUCUGACAUUGCUCUGGCAAAACCCAUUGCCAUUGUCAGGAGCACAUACAAUCCUCCCGCAGAAACCUCAGUUUUUGAUUAUUCUUUCGAAUCUGAAAACGGUAUCAAACAGGAAGCUACUGGUGUCAUGAAAACCGUUGAUGAUAAUGAAGUAUCUGUGAUGCAAGGCUCUUACUCCUAUAUCGGAGCUGAUGGUCUAGAUUAUCUAGUUGAAUGGUAUGCUGAUGAGACAGGAUUCCACGCCACAGCUCCUCAUCUUCCCCAAUCUGUUGUGCCCGACCAUCCCGAGGUGGCUGCUGCUGUCCGCGCUCAAAUUGCCUUUGCCGCUGAGCAGGAUGCUGCUGCUGCAGCUUCUGGUCGAUCAACGUCCUACGCUGCUCCUGGAGAUGAUCUUGGCCAGUAUAAUCCCCGUGAUGAUCUUGGACAAUAUGAUCCUCUGGCCUCCUACAACUAAACAAUGUGAAUAUUGAAACCAUGGCAUUAUUCUUCUUGUCUUCCUGGAUAUAUAAAUCUGGAAAACUGAUUUUAAGGAUCACUGAGUUAAAUUGAGCACUGAUUGCAUUAUUUAUUAAUUAUUUAUUACAAAUAUACAUUUAAGCAAACAUAAAA